AUGUAUGUGCACGCAGCGAUGAUUGCCACCUCAGGAAGCAUGGUCAUCAUCAAAUACGCGGUCGGGUUGCCUUUCAUCGCGUUGAAGACCAUGUUGCCAGUGAUGACGAAAAUUAGAGAGAAUGCAACCCGUACUGCGAGCAGUGGCAAACAAAAUGCGACGCAAGUCAAGGCCCACCGCUCUUCCUCAAAAUAUUCACCCUUGCAAAGCCAGAAGAGGAUGAAGACCCCGGCCAAGUAA